CAGACAGGACAGGACAAGAACUUUCAAAAUCUGGAUACUAACAGCCGUCAAUACUGUUGUAAGAAAUCUUCAUUCUAGUAAAAGCCUUAAAGUUCCAAGCUUACUCCYUGUUAAGCUGGAAAGGCAAGACUAGUCAUAUUUUUAAUAUUAACCAAAGAGAGAGGAUCGGAUUGAGUGAAACUCCACUAUUUUCUCUACAAAAUGAGAGAUGAAAGACAUUUUGUGACGGUGUUCAUUUGGUUGGUUGGUUUGUCUURUGUCUUCUCUAAGCCGUAUUCUGGUGUGGCUACAUAUUUUGUCCGCCGCCAUUCCAAUGGGAGUCUUGUAGAUCAAAAUCAUCCCGACACGCGACUGAAAUUUCUGAAUGACGCUCGAAAAGUUUCCACGAAAAUAUCCCAGCCUCAAGCGGUUUUAAAAGUCUCCCCAUCUUUAAUUGAUAAUGGUGAAUUGGUGACAGUGUCUUGGUCAGGAAUAAAAACACCAAAUGAAAAGGAUGCCAUAGUUCUAUACUGCCCUACAGAUGAAAAGCCAGCCAAGUAUCUCGAUUAUAUUAACGUGAAAGACUACCCCACUUACAAAAUGGGAUACGGUUCAUUCCAAGUUUCUCUCUACAAUAUGCGUUCAGAUUGUCAAUUCAGAUAUUAUAGACCUGGUACAGUUUUAGUAACGAUAAGCAAUAUUAUCAGAUUUAAUGGAGGUCCUGAAGAGCCUUUGCAGGGUCAUCUAGCUCUUACAAGUAACCCAAGUGAGAUGAGGGUCAUGUGGGUUUCUGGCGCAAAUAUUGAACCUAUUGUCUACUACACCAACAAAGCUGAUGGAGGAUUCAAGAACAAAACUGGAACAUUCAAGACCUACAAGGCCAGUGACAUGUGCAAUGGMCCUGCUAAUACUACAUUUGGGUUUUGGGAUCCAGGCUUCAUACAUGAGGUCCUGUUAACAGACUUGAAACCAUCCACAACAUAUUAUUAUCAGUAUGGGUCCAAUCUGGGAAUGAGCAAGAUGAAAACAUUYAAAACUGCACCCAUACCAAAUGCUGAUGAAUCAUUCAAGUUUCUGGUGUAUGGAGACAUGGGUGUGUCCCCCAGUCCACGUGCUGAAUCAACAGCAAAGCAUUGCAUGGACGAAGUCAACAAUAAUAAUGCAUCAUUUGUUGUACACAUUGGAGAUAUAUCUUAUGCCAGGGGCUAUGCCUACAUAUGGGACCAGUGGGCAGCCUACAUUGAGCCCUAUGCUACAAGGAUACCAUAUAUGGUCAACAUAGGUAACCAUGAAUAUGACCAUGACCAUGGYGGUGAGAAAGACCCAAGUGGUGCCCCUGGAGAAGGCUUUCAUCCCUGGUAUGCACAUGAGAUGUUUCAUACUGAUUCAGGGGGGGAAUGUGGUGUUCCUAUGUACUAUCGCUUCCACAUGCCUGAUAAUGGACACAGUCUUUGGUGGUACAGCUUCAAUUACGGUAGUGUUCAUAUCAUAAUGAUGAGUACAGAACAUGAUUUUGAGCCAACAUCUCCACAGUACAAAUGGAUUGAAAAUGACUUGCGUAGUGUUAACAGGAGCAUUACACCAUGGGUGAUGAUAGCCGGUCACAGGCCAAUGUAUUCAAGUCAGAAAUUCAUAUGGGACUAUAUGUUAGCAAGAGCAAUGCAGCACUUCAUGGAAGAUAUGAUCUACAAAUACAAAGUUGACCUUGGUCUGUGGGCUCACUAUCACAGCUAUGAACGGACAUGCGCAGUCCUGAAAGGCAGAUGCAYGAAAGGUGCCACAACGCACAUCAUUGUUGGUACAGCUGGUAAAGAGAUCGACUACCCUCCMUAUAUGGACAUGGAUUGGUCGAUGUACAGAGAGAUUGACUAUGGCUAUGGGCGUAUCACCGUAUUCGACAAGAAUAAGUURUUAUGGGAAUGGAUUCGUAAUAAGGAUGGUGUUAUUGCUGACAAAGUCAUGUUGACAAAGUAAUUUAAUUGACAGCUGUCAAUCAAAYAGACAAUUUAAUGAUUUAUUUCUAUGRAAGRCAGCUGAUAGAGAAAAAAUAGCAACGGGAAUUUUGUUGCAGCGAAAAUAAGUUAAAAAUAAUAAUAAUACGUCUUUGUUUAAUAAAGUAUUUUGGUA